CCCGAUUUCGUGGGCAUCAUCUGCACCCGCCUCUCCCCCAAGAAGCUCAUCGAGAAGUGGGUGGACUUCGCCCGGGCGACGAUGGAGUCCCACCUGGACACGCCCUACAACGUCCCCGACAUCGUGGUGACCAUCGCCAACAACGACAUCGACCUCGUCAUCCGGAUCUCCGACCGGGGCGGUGGGAUCCCCCACGACCUGCUGGACAAGGUGACCGAGUACCACUUCAGCACGGCCGAGGCCAGCGCCCAGGACCCACGUUUGGGGGGUCCCUUCCGUAACCUCCUGGACCUCAGCAACAGCGGCCAGGCCUGCCCCAUGCACGGGUUCGGGUUCGGGUUGCCCACCUCCCGGGCCUACGCCGAGUACUUGGGGGGCUCCCUCUGCCUCCAGUCCCUGCAGGGGGUGGGCACCGACGUCUACCUGCGCCUACGUCACAUCGAUGGCAAGGGGGAGAGCUUCCGGAUCUAGGGGGGACACCUGGACGUCUGGGAGACCCCCGCCCCACCGCCUGGAGACCCCCACGUUGGACGUUCAACCUCACGGAGGUCAAGGUUCUUCUGGAGAACCCCCAAAGAUUGGACGUUCCUGGAUGUGGAGGUCAAGGUUCUCCUGGAGAACCUCCCCAUGGUGGACAUCCAGCAUCGUGGAGGUCAAGGUUCUUCUGGAGAACCUCCCCACGUUGAUCAUCCGGCAUCGUGGGGGUCAAGGUUCUUCUGGAGAACCUCCCACGUUGAUCAUCCAGCAUCGUGGAGGCCAAGGUUCUUCUGGAGAACCCCCCAACAUUGGACGGCCAUCGUUCAUGGAGGCCAAGGUUCUUCUGGAGAACCUCCCACUGAUGGAUGUUCGUCAUCGUGGAGGUGAAGGUCCUCCUGGAGAACACCCCCAUGUUGGACAUUGAGCAUCAUGGAGAUCGAGGUGCUCCUGGAGAACGCCCACUUUGGACGUUCAUCAUCGUCAUGGAGGUCAAGGUUCUUCUGGGGAACCUCCCCGUGUUGGACAUCCAUCAUCUUGGAGGUCAAGGUUCUUCUGAAGAACACCCUCCCCACACACAAGUUGGAUGUUCACCAUCACGGAGGUCAAGGUUCUGGAGAACCUCCCCAUGUUUGAUGUUCGUGGAGGUCGAGGUCCUCCUGGAGAACCUCCCAACGUUGGACACUGAGCAUCAUGGAGAUCGAGGUCCUCCUGGAGAACCCCAACGUUGGACGUUCGUCAUCGUGGAGGUCGAGGUUCUUCUGGAGAACCCCAACGUUGGACGUUCAUGGUCGUGGAGGUCAAGGUGCUCCCGGACACCUGGGUCCCUUGGACAUGGGGGUGCCCCCCACCCAGGACAUUGGGGUUCCUGACCCCCUCCCCCACCCCCUUUGGCUUCGUUAGGGCCCCCCUCGUUAGCGGGGCCCCGCCCUCAUUAAAGCUGCAGACGGUGCCAA